AUGGCGGAAGCAAUGGAAAUCUCAUCGCCAGACUACACGCGCAAGCGAUCAUUACCAGACGACGACCAGACUUCUGUAUCCAAGUCAGAAAGCCAAGUUCCGACUCCGCCUCUCACCGCAAGCCCCGCCAACAAGGACUCGAUUCGUCAAGGCAGUCCAGCUCCAAGCAGUUCGGCCUUGAGCAGCGCUGCAUCGGCUGCCGACGACAAGCAUGUAGAUCCAAAUGCUCCACCAAAGAAGCGCAGAAAGCUCACACCUGCCGAGAAAGAAGAGAAGCGUCUGGAAAAGGAGCAGAAAGACAAGGAAAAGGCCGAGCUGAAGAUCAAGAGAGACGAGGAGAAGCAAAAGAAGGACGAGGAGAAGCGUCGCAAGAAUGAAGAGAAGGAAGCAAAGCAGCGGCUAAAGGACCUGCAGAAGGCCAAAGAGGAUGAAGAGAAGCUGAAGAAACUACGCGCACAACCCAAGAUCGCGUCCUUUUUCAAAAUGCCACCGUCCCAAAAGUCACCAGCUACUCCGACGCCAGUCCAGCCGUCUCCUGCCAGACAAGACAGCACAAGCUCACAACCCAUCGACGCUGACGUGUCUGUGAUAUCCCCAACGCCGAAAGCAUCACCCAAAGAGAGCGACUAUCGCAAGAUGUUCUUGCCGUUCCAGCUCAAGGCACACACCAAGUGUGCCCCAGUCGUCCCUCGGCUCGCCCUUGACGAACACGCUUCUUCGCAACAAGAGAUGGACAAGAUCUUACAACACAACUCAACCACUACCACAACUCCCACAUCGGCUCUCAACUCUCUCUUUCUUGAAGAAAGCACCCAAUCACGCGGUCUCUGGCAGCCUACUGCUCGAGAAGUCAUCGAGUCUCUACAAGGCUCGUCACAGAUUCCCAUCGACCUCACGGACGAAUCGGGUGAACACUACCGCCCGAGAGAUCUACUCGACUCGCUGAUUGUCCGUCACCUCCACUUCGGCGAGGACGUGAGACCGGCCUACUAUGGCACCUACUCCCGCAACAAGCUCUCUCCAACUAAUGCCGCCAAACUUCGGAGGAACCCAUUCAGCAAACUCAGAGAGGAUACUGACUACGACUACGACUCUGAGGCCGAGUGGGAGGAACCGGAAGAAGGAGAAGACAUCGGCUCUGACGGCGAGGAUGACGAGGAGAGUGUGGGCGACGCGGAGGAGAUGGAUGAGUUCUUGGACGACGACGCUGCCGAUCACAAGAGACACAUGAUUACUGGUGACCUCAAGCCCGUCAGUACAGGUCUGUGUUGGGAAGAUGGCAAGGGUGAGCUUGACUCUGACUCGACUGAGGAGUGUCCUGUCGAUCUCGACAGCAUGAAGAUUGAUUUCUUCAUUCCCCUCAGCCAGCCUUCUAUCAACCCCUUUUCCACAUCAUACUGGCAAACACCUGUGACGCCGGCUGCUGUCGCCUCCAAGGUCAUCAGUGGUCAGUUACAGCUCAACGGCAAGAUGAAGCCACCCAAGACCCCUCUGAUGCCACGGUCAAACACCAAUGACGCCAUGACCAUUGUCGGUGCUUCUACCGGGAUGAAGGGUCCUAUCAUGAGUGUGGCCUCCACCAAGGCAGCAAAGCCCGCUCCUAAACCUCUCCAGGGUCCGGACUUGGCCGAGUUCAAGGACGCCGUUGACGGCAGCAACCUCACAAAGAUCGAGCUGCUGAAAGCUCUGAAAAAGAGAUUCCCCAAGCACACCAACGACGUUAUCAAAGCAACCUUGUCACUUUCUUUCGCUCGAGUCGGUCAAUUCGAGGCCGACAAAAUCUGGAAGGCAGUUGCUGCAUAG